UUUGAUUGUUUGAGCAAACUGCAGCUCUGCUUUCAUUCACAAUCGCUGGUCCAUUUUUGUCACCUCUUGCUUUGCAGAAACUUCUCUAGCAAACUGGCCAUUAAUUUCUCCUCAUUGAGGUCAUAAGAAGCAAGGAAAAUGGGGUCGGAAGGCAAGAAUGGAGAUACUGUGGGUGGGAUUAAGGAGAAGAAGAAAUCCAUAGCUAUGAUAUUUGGAUGUGCUGAUUUUGUUGACAUUUUGCUCAUGCUGUUGGGCACUUUGGGAGCAAUUGGAGAUGGAAUGUCCACAAACUGCCUGCUCUUGUACGCUAGCCGCCUUUUUAAUAGCUUGGGCUACGGAAAUACCCCAGAGAAUCAUGGGAAUUUCAUGGUUGAGAUUGAUAAGUGCAGUUUGUUCUUUGUAUACUUGGGAUUAGGAGUCAUGGUGGUGGCAUUCAUGGAAGGUUACUGCUGGAGUAAGACGAGUGAGCGGCAAGUGUUGAAGAUUCGGUACAAGUAUUUGGAAGCAGUUCUAAGGCAAGAAGUAGGGUAUUUUGAAUCACAAGAGGCAACGACUUCGGAAAUUAUCGGCGGCAUAUCGAAAGAUACUUCUCUCAUACAAGAAGUUCUUAGCGAGAAGGUGCCGAAAUUUUUGAUGCACGCAUCACAAUUCAUCUCAGGACUUGCAUUCUCCAUGUACUUCUCAUGGAGGCUAUCUUUAGUAGCACUCCCAACUAUCCUCCUCUUAGUGAUUCCUGGCAUCAUCUACGGGAAAUACCUUCUCUAUUUAUCCAACGAGUCGUACAAGGAAUAUGGAAAAGCGAAUGCCAUUGCAGAGCAGGCUCUUAGCUCUAUCAAAACGGUAUAUUCAUCCACCGCGGAGGCAAAUAUAAUAGAAAGAUACUCGCGAAUCCUCGACCAAACGACAAGGAUAGGGCUGAAGAAAGGGUUCGCAAAGGGUCUAGCCGUCGGGAGCACAGGCCUUGCUUUCGCGAUAUGGGCUUUUCUUGCUUGGUAUGGGAGCCGUUUGGUUAUGUAUAACGGAGAGAGCGGAGGGCAGAUAUAUACCGCGGGCAUUGCUUUCAUUUUGGGUGGACUAUCCCUUGGAGUGGCUCUCCCCGAAGUUAAGUACUUCACAGAAGCUUCAGUUGCAGCCACACAAAUAUUUGAUCGAAUCAACCGCAUUCCACAAAUUGACGGUGGAGACAAAAAGGGGAUUGUAUUGGAGAACAUGCGUGGAGAAGUAGAAUUUGAUCAUGUCAGAUUCACAUACCCUUCACGACCCGAUUCCAUUGUUCUAAAAGAUUUCAACCUUAAAAUUGAAGCAGGAAAAACCGUGGCUCUUGUUGGUGCAAGUGGGAGUGGAAAAUCCACCACGGUUGCUUUGCUCCAAAGGUUUUAUGAUGCAGAUGGUGGAGUUGUGCGAAUUGAUGGUGUUGGUAUACAGGGACUUCAGUUGAAAUGGUUGAGAGGGCAAAUGGGCCUUGUUAGUCAAGAACAUGCACUGUUUGGGACAUCCAUAAAGGAGAAUAUUAUGUUUGGGAAGCUUGAUGCUUCGAUGGAUGAAGUGGUGGCUGCUGCUAUGGCUGCAAAUGCUCACUGUUUCAUUAGGGAGCUUCCAGAAGGGUAUGAGACCAAGGUAGGUGAGCGUGGAGCACUUUUAUCUGGCGGGCAAAAGCAGAGAAUUUCCAUUGCCAGAGCCAUUAUCAAGAACCCUGUGAUUCUUCUACUUGACGAAGCAACAAGCGCGCUUGACUUGGAAUCAGAGACACUUGUGCAAAAUGCCCUUGAUCAAGCCUCGAUGGGAAGAACCACACUGGUUGUUGCCCACAAGCUCUCUACAGUGAGAAAUGCAGAUGCCAUUGCCGUCGUGAGUGGGGGUUGUAUCAUUGAAAUAGGCUCACACAACGAUCUCAUCAACAGGAAAAAUGGCCAUUAUGCAAAACUGGAAAAAUUACAAGGACAGUUCAGCUCUGAUGACCAAGACCAACACUACAUCGAAUCUCGUGUCUCCUCUGUGGCAAGAAGCAGCGCAGGCCGGCUUAGCACCGGCAGAUCGAGCCCAGCCGUCUUCGCUGCGCCGCUACCUAGUGGUCCGUAUGCACAUACGAUAGAUUACCCUCCACCUUCCUUUUCCAGGCUUAUUUCUAUGAACUCUUUGGAGUGGAAACAAGGCCUAAUUGGAAGCCUCUCUGCUAUAGCUUUUGGUGCAAUUCAACCUGUCUAUGCCCUCACAAUUGGCGGCAUGAUUUCGGCCUUUUUCUCGCCUAGUCAUGAGGAAAUGCGUGCUAGAAUCCGGACAUAUGCUCUAAUUUUCUCUACACUCUCUAUAAUUUCAAUCAUUGUAAAUCUCUUGCAACACUACAAUUUUUCCUACAUGGGAGAGCAGCUGACGAAAAGGAUCAGACUGAAAAUGCUGGAAAAAAUCUUGACUUUUGAAGCAGCAUGGUUUGAUGAAGAGAAGAACUCCAGCGGAGCCUUAUGUGCUAGAUUGAGCAAUGAAGCUUCCUUGGUGAAAUCUCUUGUCGCGGACAGAGUUUCCCUUCUAAUUCAAACCGUUUCAGCUGUGAUGGUGGCAAUGAUUCUGGGACUAGUUGUGGCAUGGAAGCUUGCCCUCGUUAUGAUUGCAGUCCAACCCCUCACAAUUCUGUGUUUCUACACGCGGAAAGUCUUAUUAUCUUCUGUUUCGUCGAACUUUAUAAAGGCUCAGAAUCGAAGUACUCAAAUUGCUAUGGAGGCAGUCUAUAACCACAGGAUUGUUACUUCGUUUGGAAGCAUAAAGAAAGUUCUUGUGCUUUUUGAGGAGGCCCAGAAUGAACCAAGGAGGGAGGGGAGGAAAAAGUCAUGGCUAGCCGGAAUUGGGAUGGGUUCAGCCCAGUGUUUAACUUUCAUGAGUUGGGCCUUGGAUUUUUGGUAUGGUGGGAGGUUAGUGAGGACUGGGGAGAUAUCAGCUGGGGAUGUGUUUAAGACUUUCUUUAUAUUGGUGAGUACAGGAAAAGUUAUAGCUGAAGCUGGGAGCAUGACCUCUGAUCUAGCCAAAGGGUCCAUUGCUGUGGCAUCCGUGUUUUCUAUUCUUGAUCGGCAAUCACUAAUUCCAGAGUCUUCCACUGUGGGGGAUGGAUCCAAGUUGGAGAAGUUGGCCGGCAGGAUAGAUAUGAGAGAGGUUGAUUUCGCAUACCCAAGACGGCCCAAUUGCCUAGUGUUGCGCCAGUUUAGUCUGGAAGUGAAGCCAGGUUCAAGCAUUGGACUCGUAGGGAAAAGUGGGUGUGGGAAAUCUACUGUGAUUGCACUGAUUCAGAGGUUUUAUGACAUUGAGAAGGGGGCAGUGAAGAUUGAUGGGGUCGACAUAAGGUCGCUUGGUAUUGGUUGGUAUAGAAGGCAAAUGGCGCUUGUUAGCCAAGAUCCAGUGAUAUAUUCUGGCAGCAUUCGUGAUAAUAUUAUGUUUGGGAAGCUUGAUGCGUCGGAGAAUGAUGUUGUUGAGGCUGCUAGGGCUGCCAAUGCUCACCAAUUCAUCUCAUCACUACAAGAUGGAUAUGAAACUGAAUGUGGGGAGAGGGGGGUGCAAUUAUCAGGAGGACAGAAGCAAAGAAUCGCAAUAGCAAGAGCAAUAAUCCGAAAACCAACUAUUUUGCUACUAGAUGAAGCCACCAGUGCCCUUGAUGUCCAGUCAGAGCAGGUGGUGCAAGAAGCGUUGGACCGGAUCAUGGUCGGAAGGACUUCAAUAGUGGUGGCCCACCGGCUCAACACCAUCAAGAAUCUUGGCUCCAUCGCCUUUGUUGCCAACGGGAAGGUGCUGGAACGAGGAACCUUUGCUCAGCUCAAGAACAGGCGCAGCGCCUUCUUCAACCUUUGCAGCCUUCAGAAUACAUAAUGCAUAGCACUCUUAUUAACAAUUACCACCUUCAUCAAUGGAGUAGUAUUCUGCAACUAAUAGGUAUGCAAAAUAAAACAAAACUAACGAUUGUGGCUUGGCGGGGUCUACUCGAGCCCAUUAUCCUGAUCGAUGUGUUUCUAUUGUGGGGUUUAUUGACUUAGAUCAUUCCUUCAAGUUCACUGUACAUUGAUAAUCACAUGAUCAGAUAACACCAAAUUUAAAGAAAUGGGUGGCCAGAUUUCCAGAGACUGAACUAUCGGAAAUUGUGUUUGAGCAUGUGGCUACCAAUGUUCGAUGAACUUGAUUUUCAUAUGCGGCUGCCUUUUCAUCUUUUUGUUUUAAUGCCAAAAGGGAAGGCUGGCGAAGAUUUGGAGUAAAAAAUAAUUUUGAAUUGCAUUGCUGACUUGUCAGCAUUAUGUUGCUGACUUGUCUUGACUUCUGAUCAUGUUGUAAGUGUAAGCUCCAGAGAUCCUGUGCUAGCAGAUAUGUAUACAGGAAAUUGGUAGUGGUACCAGUAUUACCAUGGGGAAGAAACUUCUACUUUGCUGUCCUAUUUGCAAGCAUAAUGGUUUGCUAUAUUGUCUAGCUUUUGUUCAUAAAUAUAAAUUUCAUUUACCAACAAA